AUGCAGAAUUUCAUUUUUAUAGUCUGUUUUCUCUGGGAUCUCUCGGUAUGGACAGUUUUGGCCCUGAAUUCAUCAAAACAGUGCAUACAUGAUGAUGGCUUUAACAUUUACCAAGACAAGCAUCGAUUACGGCAUAUCCGUGCGGUCAAUAACACAACAAAUAUGCCUGGCGGUCCAUUGACGCUUCCUAUAGGGACUAUUUUCAAUGCUCAAGAUCAACAACUCCGUUCCAGUUUCCGUUUAGCAUGCGAUCUAUACAAUCAGAGGCAGGACAAAAAAUUCGAGUUGGCCUGGUCUACUAAAACUAUUGAAGUUGCUGACAAUUUCCAACUCGCUACAGCUCUUUGCACUCAGAUGUCAAGUGGCGUGUUUCUGUUCUAUGGGAUGAAGGACAUCAACUCGAUGGACAUAGUGGAAUCCUAUACACGACGGUUUCAUAUGCCUUACAUAUCCCCGAGUCUGUCUCGUGUGGUGACCAGAUUCGAUGCACCAUUCCAACUUCACAUGAAGCCUUCUUACACCAUGGCCAUUGUAGACAUGAUCCGAUUUUAUAAAUGGAAAGCUGUACAUUUCCUUUACGACUCGGAUGAAGGUCUGCAGCGGCUUCAACAAAUUUAUCAAUCUGAAAAAGUAAGAGGUUUAAAAAUCGGAUUCCGUCGCCUUAAUGACGUACAUCACGCUCACGAGGAGUUAAAACACCUGGACAGGUUCAUCAAAGAUCAUCCAGAAAAAGCUAUUGUAUUGGAUCUUACGUCGCAACAGGCGUAUGAAUCCCUUUUAAAACAGAUUGCUGAGGUAGGGAUGAACAAGCACAGCUAUUUUUAUCUGCUGGCAACACUGGAUUUCUCCAAACUCGACUUUCAAAGAUUUUUGCAUGGCGGUGUGAAUCUAACCGGAUUUGACCUAGUAUCGGAAGAUAAUGAAGAAAUCAGGAAAUUCAAUCAGCACUGGAUGAGUGCGAAAAAAACUGAAUAUGCUGGAGCUGGUACCCCACUUACUGCGGAAUCGGCUAUGGCCGUUGAUGCUCUACGACUGAUAGUCGACACAUUUUCCCGGAUGUUGAAACACAAUCAGCUUGUCUUCCAACCCAAUUUUCGGCGUGGAAAAGUAUAUAACAGCAAUUACAGUAAAGAGGGCAUACCCUGUAAUCGACUACAGAUGAACGACCCUCCACCGAUUCCCUGGAUGCAUGGCGAAAACAUCACACAUUUCCUAAAACAGGCAGAAUUUGAAGGUCUAACAGGACACAUAUCAUUUGAUUUUGAGGGAUUCCGACGCAACUAUACUCUUAACGUAAGUACAGUAGGGCAAGACCAUGGCCCCGUCCGGAUAGGUGUCUGGACACCGGAAUAUGGUUACCGAACUCCAGACCAAGAACCGCCAGAUCUCCGUCCUGUCAGUCACUCAAAGGUCAAAAUCAUCACCACUAUACUGUCUCAACCGUUUUUAAUGCUGAAGGAAAGCAAAGAUGGCAUACCUUUAAUAGGAAAUGACAGAUAUAUAGGUUAUGCUGUAGAUAUGGCGAACAGGUUAGCGGAUUUGCUCGGUUUUAAUUUUACAUUGGAGGAGGUACCUGAUAACGCUUAUGGUAUCAAGGUUAAUGGUUCGUGGAAUGGAAUGAUAGGGCAACUUGUGAACAGGAAAGCAGAUCUCGCGAUAGCUCCUCUGACCAUCACUUUUGAACGGGAAAAAGACGUGGAUUUCACGAAGCCAUUCAUGAACAUAGGCAUAAGUAUCAUGAUAAAAAAGCCUGAUAUUGAGAAGCCGGGGGUAUUUUCCUUUAUGCAGCCCCUUGAACUUGGUAUAUGGAUUUGUAUUCUGGUAGCCUACGCUGCUGUAAGUGUCGGGCUGUUCCUCGUCAGCAGAUGCAGUCCUUAUGAAUGGAAGAAAGUUGCAGCAUUAAAAGGAGAAUACGAAAACGAGUUCUCUAUUUUAAACUCGUUUUGGUUUUCCACCGGAGCACUUAUGUUACAAGGAAGCGAUACAUGUCCGCGGUCCAUUUCUGGACGGAUAAUUGGAACAGUUUGGUGGUUUUUCGUCUUGAUAAUAAUAUCGACAUACACCGCUAAUCUGGCUGCGUUUUUGACGGUUGAGAGAAUGGUAGCACCCAUUGAGUCUGCUGAUGAUCUCGCGAAACAGACAGAAAUCAAGUACGGAACUAUUUCCUCUGGGACCACGAGGAAAUUUUUCGAGACAUCAAAAGUGCCUAUAUAUGAGAGCCUGUGGCGCUUCAUGUCGACUCAUCCUUCUGUAAUGGUGGGAGAUAUGGCUGCAGGAAUUGAGCGGGUCCGAAAUUCAAAAGGAAAAUAUGCAUUUUUAAUGGAGUCUUCCGGCAACGAAUACAUCAACAGUCGCGAACCGUGCGACACUAUGAGAGUGGGCAGAAAUCUCAAUUCUAAAGGGUUUGGGAUAGCUACUCCAAACGAUUAUUAUCUGAGGGAUGAUGUCAAUUUAAAAGUGUUGACAAUGAAAGAAAAUGGUUUCUUGCACAAACUACAACAAAAGUGGUGGCAGGACAAGAGUCAGUGUACUCAGGACGGUAACAAGGGAUCGUCUGGGAAGAAGUCGCUGUCACUUAGCAACGUAGCCGGAGUAUUCUAUAUUCUGAUUGGCGGAUUAGUUAGCGCCGUCAUCUUAGGAGCCAUAGAGUUUGGCAUGAAAAGACUUCGCCUUGUUCCAAAGCCUGCCUACAUGAAAGGUACAGAAACGGCUACGUCACUCAUAGACACACCUUCAGAACGCGAAAAUGGUGACGUCAAUGAAUAUGCCGCCCCUCCUCCUCAUUAUCCAGCUGAUUUCUCCCAGGACAAAAGUGUAAGAACGUUUACAUAUGGUACGCCUCAGUUAAUUGGAUUUGAAGCACUGGAUGAUAGAAAUACGCAUACCGAUGUUUGAUUUCAACUGAUAUCGUCAACACAAUACAGUCACGUUAGUUUGGACAGCAAUCAACACAAAUUCGUGAUAACAAUGACAGCACGAUGAGCACUAAUUUAUCAGUCUUAAUUGUCAUGGUGUGUUUCAGAUUAUCAUAUUCCGGAAAAGGAAAGUGGGCCGAAUAUUGGUGUGAUAUAAUUAUUGUAUAAUGACGUCACAAGUCUUUCACAUUACGUCAUUUUCACGUUUUAAUAUCAUGAUGGUUUAUUGGUUGCAAUCUUUUUCCUGACAAUACUUUUUGUUCCAUUUAAACAAAAUAUUCGACAUAGUAAAAUCGUUUAUGUAUUAAUUUCCUAGAUAAUCUAUCCACGGUGAAUCAUUUAAAAUCUGUAUAAUUUUGUCACGUGAUUGCCUUCUUAAUUUUUGCAUAUAAUAGGUGAAAUAUAGAUUAUUGUGACGUCACAUUCACAUGACAUUGUGAUGUAACAACGGAAACCAUAGAUAUAGAGCGGGCAUGACCUAGAGUUUGACAAGAAAUGACAGUUUUCUACAAUAUUGAAAAGUCGAUCAUGUACUAAAAUAGGUAUUAAAUUCGUGACCAUAUGAUACUCACCAAAG